CCCCGCUCCAUCAGUUAAAUCAAGUGACAUUGUUUGGAGAUGGAAGUCAAUGAGCACGAUUCCCUCCAAUGAACCGCUUGCAAUCAGAAGUAAAUGCAGAACCACCUGCUUUGAGUCCCUUAAAUCGCGGUGGAAUUAAGGUGUUUUUACGAUUGGAAUUACGGAAAACGGUUGCCAAAAAAGAGGAAAAAACUGACCAAGAAAUCAAGUCGCUUCAAAGCUCAAGUGCUAUCAAUGCAUCUAAAAUGAGUUUUACCUUGGCUAGAACUAUUGACAAGCUGAGCCAUAAUUUUCCAUUUACAAUUGCACAUCAAAAGCCUCUGCCAGCUCUGGAGAAGUUCUCACCGGCAAGAUGCAUUCACCUUAUUCACCAGCCACGAAAAUGUUGAAAGAACUUAAUUACUUGCUAAGUGUACAGCCAGCAGCUGCCACUAAACUGAUUUGAAGAAAACCUGAUUAAAACUUCAUUGCAACUAUUCCACAAGUGCAGAGCUAGAGCUUUGUAUCCUUGCAAAAGUUGGCUUUAGUGGAUUGGAAUGAGUUGUGACAUCUUGGUCAAAUUGCAUACCACUUCUGGUGAUUUAAUUUCUAUUUUGGCUACUAAUUGCACAAAUGGAAGUAACCUUGUGGCUGUCUCUGGAAAUGAAUGAUUAACUUCAAGAUGACUAGAUGAUUUUUCGAAAGAUAAUUAGCUUGCAGUUAUUAGUUUAGAAAAGGAACAAAAAUUG